AUGACUGCACACGCGGUCCUCCUGUCGCUCUUCCUGCAGUCGGGGGCGGAGCUCCUGCCCAGCCCCGACUCCUGCCUCAUCCAGAUCACCUCGGCGGCCGAGGGUGCCGAGCGGCAGAGACCCCAGACCACGGCGCCCCCGACGGCGGCCCCGACGGCGGCCCCGACGCCGUCCCCGACGGUGGCGCCUGGGCAGCCCUGCCCCUGCCUGAAGGACGCCUGCUUCGAGGCCUACGACCGGGACUCCGACCAGUGCCUCAGAGAGGACGAGUGUGCUGUCCAGGCGCCGCUGACGAACUGCAGCAGCCCGACCUGGGACCUGGACGGCGACGGCUGCGUCAACCUCUCCGUCGAGUGGCCGCUCAUCUUCGACAUGACGAACGGCAGCGUGUGCCCCGUGGAGGCGAGGGCGGACGCGCCGGAGUGCGGGGAGGGGUACUACCUCGACGGGAACCCGGUGGCCUGCAUCCAGUGCACCACGGGCGCGACACGUCGGCGACGCUCGUUCGAGUGCUCCGCUUGCGAGUCAGGAGCUUUCGACGCCGGUGAUUACGACGAUUGCCGCGACGGCAGCUACCUACCGUCUGAUGUCGGCGCGGGAGACUUCAAUAUCCCAGUUACUCCGACUGACCCACCGCUGUCGCCCGGCGACUGCAUCGACAUCGUCUCCAUGUCCCAGUCUGGCGCAUGCAACCAGUCCGUCGAGACGGUGUGCAUUGAGAGCGUAGGUCCUGGCAAUGAGGUCACUCUCACGACGCCCCUGCAGAACAACUACACCAAGUACGCUGGCGUCAUCAUCUCGUGCACGACGGUGGACGGGACGGAGCUCAGCCGCAAACACGAUUCUUCUGGAAAGUGCGGGUGCAAGUCGGCGACCUGCGACACGACAACGAUGUGCUCCAUCGGCGCCGACAACUGCACAGCCACGUGCAUCCCGACUGGCCCGUACCCGAUCCACCCGACCCCGGCUCCGACCGUGGGUGCCAAGGGCGACCCGCACCUGGUCAACCUGCAGGGCGAGCACUUCGACAUCAACCACGGCGGGGACUUCGUGCUGCUGCGCCUUCCGCAGGACUCCGCGAAGGACGCCGAGCUCGAGCUGUUGGCCACCGUCCAGCCGGAGUUCAAGAAGCCGUGCACCACAUACAUCACGCGGGUCGAGCUCUCCGGCUCUUGGCUGGGCAACGUGUCCGUCCAGGCCACCCUGGCCCGAGGGCGCGCACCUGGGGGCCGCCUUCAUGAGCCCUUGGGGGCGGAGGCGUCACCCUGGCAGAGCAUGGAGGCCUUCCUGGCCGACGGCACCGACCUGGUGCUGUCUGCGCCGUACAGCAACUUCCACGUGUCGCUGUCCAAGAGCCAGUGGUUCCCCAAGAAGGAGACAGUGCAGGCCCGCAAUGCCCCGUCGCCCGCCAAGAUCGUGAUCCGCCAGGACCUGCCCGAGCAGGAGCACCUGAACCUGGCGGUCCAGCGCGUGUCCGCGCUCGGCAGGAUGGACGUGGGCGGCCUUCUCGGCUUCGACGCGCAUCCAGCGAGCCUGGAGUACGUCUCGGGCAGGUGCGAGCACCACCGGGCGACGGAGAAGUACAGCGUCGAGAGCCAGGAGGACAACGGGUACUACUACACUCCGGUGUGGAAGCAGCGGUGGCAGGAGAUGAAGAAGAAGCGGAAGCUCGAUGCCACCGACGAGGACGCGCGCGACAACGAUGCGGCUGCCACGCUCAUCGACAGCAUGGGCUCGAGCUCCAACCUGGUGUGCAAGUGCCCGACCGCCGGAGGGCCUUGGGCCGAGGGCAUCGUCAUCGAGGAGCCCACCGCGCUGUUCGCCGAGGCGUCCUGGGACUGA